GUAAGGUGAAAGGUGAAACAUAGGGGCAGGGUUAUUUCUCGUAGAAACAUGUGUGCUUUUUAACUUGGCAUUCGGCAUGUAAUGUUUGUUAGUAGCAAAAUUAGUUUUCACUUCUUCACUCCUUGACUCUGUCUUACACAAUGGUGAAAGAGCAGUUUCGCGAGACUGAUGUGGCUAAGAAAAUAAGCCACAUAUGCUUUGGGAUCAAGUCAUCUGAACAGAUGCGACAACAAGCUCACAUCCAGGUUGUGAGUAAGAAUUUGUAUAGUCAAGACAACAGCCAUUCACCUGUCCAGUAUGGAGUACUGGACCACCGUAUGCUACGUGGCGUUAUGGAGGCAAUUUUAAAGGAAUUAGCGACAGUGGUCGACAAACUGUUAAAAGCCUAUACAGUAGCUAACACUAGGAGGAUUGGUCAUGACGAGAGGGGUGAAGAUGUUUUGGUGAGUCCAACGGAAUCGCAACUGCGGUUGUUCACCUUACAUUCACCGGCUGAAUCUAUUCCACCCGGUCAAGGGGAGGCGAGUAGUUCCUAUGCGGAUGUAGCAGCGUCUCAGAACCUGAGGAACAACGGUUUGAGAGGGAGCAGAGACCAGAAUAGGAGGAUGCACGAGGGGAGGUUUGACAUCACUUCCUGGUUCCAGGCUCCGGCGUUUGGUGAAGUUACCAGUACGAAUGAGAGAAGAGCUUCACGUCCUCGUUUAAAUGAGCAGAUUUUAAGAUACGAGAAAUUAUGUACAAGGUUUCGGGCGGUACAGUUGGACAGCCUUUUUUUGAAAAAAUCGAAGGAGAUGAACCAGGUCCCGAUGGGUCUGCGAGUAUGGAAGAGACCCAUGGGAGUGGACGACAAUUCAGUAGCAUUUCACGAGCUAACAGCAUUGUUUAAUAAAACUGGGUUGGACAUGAUGGAUAUUAUACUAAAGAACAACGAGACUAAAUUAACAGAGCUACAGGAGCAGAUUGAACAGCUCCACGUGAGUAUCACUACUGACUUACUAUUUGAACAGAAUUUGGCGAAUUUUAACAAAACAUUGAACAAUAUUAACAGUUUUGUCAACAAAAAUAUGGCUAAAAAGAAAAAGAAGCUUGAAAGGGAUAGUGUUGACUAUAAAAAUAAAAGGGCCUAUCCCCCUGGUGUACGAAGAAAUGACUGUAAUACUAACACACAUGAGAGUAAUGUUGUUAAUGAAGGUAUGAUCUGCAAGACGUGUUCCCACAUCAUGCUGUCUGCUGAAGAGAAAAAACAGUUUUUAGAUGUUUUAAAGAGGCCUGGUUUGACCUAUUUACAAAAAAGAGGGCUUAAAAAGAAAAUUUCUGAGAAAUGCAGGAAGAAGAACACUUGUCCUUACUGUGGAGCCUUCAAUGGACCUGUAAAGAAGUGUGGUUUGUUGAAGAUAAUGCAUGAAAAAUACAAAACUAAUAAGAAAGUAGUGGAUCCCUUCGUGUCAGAGUUCCUUCAGUCUUUUGACCUUGCUAUAGAGCAUAAUAAGGAAGUAGAAACGUUGUUGGGAAGAGCUCAGGAAAAUCUUAAUCCCUUGGUGGUGCUGAAUCUUCUUAGAAGAAUCCCAACUGAAGAUGCCCCUUUGUUGCUAAUGAAUCCUGAGGCAGGGAAGCCAUCAGACUUGAUCUUGACUCGAUUGUUGGUACCUCCCCUAUGUAUAAGGCCCUCUGUGGUGAGUGACCUGAAGUCCGGCACAAAUGAGGAUGAUCUGACCAUGAAGCUAACAGAAAUAAUCUUUCUCAAUGAUGUCAUAAAAAAGCACCGAAUGUCAGGAGCAAAAACACAGAUGAUAAUGGAGGACUGGGAUUUCCUGCAACUACAAUGUGCUCUUUACAUCAACAGUGAACUUUCAGGCAUUCCACUGAACAUGGCACCUAAGAAAUGGACCAGAGGCUUUGUGCAGAGGCUAAAGGGAAAACAGGGUCGAUUUAGAGGCAAUCUGUCUGGAAAACGAGUGGAUUUUUCAGGAAGAACUGUAAUCUCCCCUGAUCCUAAUCUGCGAAUUGAUGAAGUAGCAGUCCCAGUUCAUGUUGCCAAGAUCUUGACAUAUCCUGAAAAAGUAAACAAAGCAAAUAUUGAACUCAUGCGGAAACUUGUUAGAAAUGGACCUGAGGUUCACCCUGGAGCCAACUUCAUUCAGCAGCGACAUACCAACAUGAAAAGGUUCUUGAAAUAUGGCAACAGGGAGAAGAUGGCACAGGAGCUGAAGUUUGGUGAUAUUGUCGAACGGCACCUCAUUGAUGGUGAUAUAGUACUGUUCAACCGGCAGCCUUCCUUGCAUAAGUUGAGCAUAAUGGCUCACAUUGCCCGAGUCAAACCUCACAGAACAUUCCGCUUUAAUGAAUGUGUAUGUACACCAUACAAUGCUGACUUUGAUGGUGAUGAAAUGAACCUUCAUCUUCCUCAAACAGAGGAGGCAAAAGCUGAAGCACUUGUAUUGAUGGGGACUAAAGCCAACUUGGUUACUCCUAGAAAUGGAGAACCACUCAUUGCAGCUAUUCAGGAUUUCCUGACAGGUGCCUAUCUCCUUACUUUAAAGGACACCUUUUUCGAUCGAGCCAAAGCAUGUCAGAUUGUUGCUUCGAUCCUUGUUGGGAAAGAUGAGAAGAUAAAGAUAGCUCUACCACCUCCUUCUAUUCUGAAACCUGUAACCCUUUGGACUGGGAAGCAGAUCUUCAGUCUUAUCCUGAGGCCCAGUAGGCUGUGUCCUGUGAAGGCCAAUCUUCGAACAAAAGGCAAACAAUAUUGUGGCAAGGGAGAGGAUCUGUGCCCAAAUGAUUCUUAUGUUGUGAUCCAUAACAGUGAGCUGAUGUGUGGCAGUAUGGAUAAAGGAACGCUUGGUUCUGGAUCAAAGAACAAUAUAUUUUACAUCUUGCUGAGAGACUGGGGACAAGUGGAAGCUGCAGAUGCCAUGUCUCGUUUGGCCCGACUUGCCCCUGUCUAUCUCUCUAAUCGGGGUUUCUCCAUUGGAAUUGGUGAUGUAACUCCGGGUCAGGGGUUACUCAAGGCAAAACAAGAGCUGCUUGAUGCUGGCUAUGCAAAAUGUGAUGAGUACAUCGAUGCCCUAAAAACGGGUAAGCUUCAGCAGCAACCUGGCUGUACAGCAGAGGAGACGUUGGAGGCCUUGAUCCUGAGGGAGCUUUCCGUUAUCCGAGACCAUGCUGGCAGCGCCUGUCUCAGAGAGUUGGAUAAGAGUAACAGUCCCCUUAUCAUGGCCCUCUGUGGAUCUAAAGGGUCUUUCAUUAACAUCUCCCAGAUGAUUGCUUGUGUUGGACAACAAGCUAUCAGCGGAUCCAGGGUGCCAGAUGGCUUUGAGAAUAGAUCUCUCCCCCACUUUGAAAAACACUGUAAGCUUCCAGCCGCAAAGGGUUUUGUUGCAGAUAGUUUCUAUUCUGGCUUGACACCAACAGAGUUUUUUUUCCAUACUAUGGCUGGCCGAGAAGGUCUUGUUGACACUGCUGUGAAGACAGCAGAAACGGGAUACAUGCAGCGACGUCUUGUAAAAUCAUUGGAAGAUCUCUGUUCUCAGUAUGAUCUUACUGUGCGCAGUUCCACUGGUGACAUUAUUCAGUUCAUCUAUGGAGGAGAUGGCUUGGACCCAGCAGCUAUGGAAGGAAAAGAUGAACCUUUGGAAUUCAAGAGAGUGCUGGAUAACAUCAGAGCUGUUUAUUCUUGCCAGAAUGAACCUGCUCUUAGUAAAAAUGAGUUAUGCUUAACUUCAGAAGCUAUCAUGAAGAAAAAUGAGUUCCUGUUUUGCCAAGAAACCUUCUUGCAGGAUUUAACCAACAGUGGUUCUGGCAAGUUUUUAGAGGAGAUCAAAAGUUUCAUCAAAGGCAUCUCGGAGAAGAUCAAAAAAACUAGGGACAAAUAUGGCAUUAAUGACAAUGGGACAACAGAGCCUCGAGUUCUGUACCAGCUGGACAGAAUUACACCAACACAGCUUGAGCAUUUUCUGGAGACCUGCAGGGAUAAGUACAUGAGGGCUCAGAUGGAACCAGGCUCAGCAGUAGGCGCAUUAUGUGCUCAGAGUAUCGGGGAGCCAGGAACACAGAUGACUCUGAAGACUUUUCACUUUGCUGGCGUUGCCUCUAUGAACAUUACUCUGGGUGUUCCCAGGAUCAAAGAGAUCAUCAAUGCAUCAAAAGCUAUCAGCACACCUAUUAUCACUGCACAUUUGGACAUUGAUGAUGAUGCUGAUUUUGCACGCUUGGUGAAGGGAAGGAUCGAGAAAACUCUCCUGGGAGAGAUUUCAGAGUAUAUUGAAGAAGUGUUCUUGCCAGAUGACUGCUUCAUUCUUGUUAAACUGUCCUUGGAGCGAAUUCGGCUUCUGCGAUUGGAGGUUAAUGCUGAGACAGUGCGCUAUUCUAUCUGCAUGUCCAAACUGAGGGUGAAACCUAAUGACAUUGCUGUUCAUGGAGAGGCUGUUGUUUGUGUGAACCCUCGUGAAAACAGCAAAAGCUCCAUGUAUUACGUGUUGCAGUACUUAAAGGAGGAACUUCCAAAGGUAAAAGAGAAAACUUGUCAUCUGUGUAACUAUAACCAUGCUGUUUAUGGACAGUUAAAGCCAGAAGCUGGACAUAACUGCAGUGGAAGCAACAGUACUGUUAUUCGAAGAAAGUACUAUGUUUGCAUUAAAAGAAACAGCUGCGUUUUUGUUAGUGUUCCAUUGAAGGAUCCUUUGUUUACAGCGAACCGUAGUCUUGUUAUGUUAGCCAAAGUGAAGUUAAAUUCUACAAUACGUUUCUCUUUUGAAAAGCUAAGUGUAUCAGAGUGCAUUAUUAUGGGUAUCCCAAUGAAUAUUGGAACUGGACUUUUCAAGCUGUUGCACAAAGCUGACAAGGAACCAAACCCACCGAAGCGGGGACUAAUUUUUGACUGCAGUGAACUUCAUAUUCCUGUUACGUAGCGAUAUGUUGAAUUAUGUUCUUGUUUGGGAAGCAGUGCUAGUAGCCAAAAAAUGACUGAAGUUAUGCUAUGUUUGUGGUCCUUACCUGAUCUGGUAAAGUUGGCUGCAUACAUUAAUAGCUCACGUUUAGAAGGAAUCUGUUCAGAAAUGGGCUCUGGGAAGAUGGAAGACUGGUUGGCGUAUUAAUCAGGAAAUUCACCUCUUAUCAGUUAACUUACAAAAAAAUGUUUAAUUUAAGACUUAUUGGAGUUUAUUUUACAUAUUGUGAUCAGUGUGUGUUUUGUUUUUCCCCUUUUGUCUUAUAUUUUUCCCAGAAUUCCCACACCAGCAGCUGGCUCAUCACUGCCUCCUUCAGUUUCUAUAUCCUACUGCACUUUAUGGACAUCAGCUGUGCAAACACUUCCUGCAGUAAAUGAGCACUUCACUUCUAGCAUCUGAUAUCCAUGUAAAGGUUGUAGUGGAGGGCUGUGAUGCUAGGUUUUAGCUGUUUGUGGGAAGAUUUAUCAUAUAGUUAAAUUGUUAAUGCUUAAUUAUACUCUAAUUUUGGAUACAUGUGUUUUGUCUUAAUUGAAUGAGACUGUUAACCUAUGAGUAUUUUUUUACAGUACCAUAUUUUAGUCUUAGAUCCUUAAAAAGGAUGCACAGACCUUCUAUAGCAGACCCUGUGACGUCUGCAGUUAGGGGUAAUUUGUAAUUUAAUUUUGCUUUGAGUAGUAGUACUACUUGUUGAUGGUUAAAGUAUGAAGAUAUUGGCUGAAAAAAUCCUGCUUGUCUGUAGACUCCACCUGUAUUCAUGUCUGGCUUCUAAAUACCCGUUUCCUUCCCUAUCCAGUGGUUCUCUAUGGGGGAUCCUUCCCUGUCUUCAGAGGUUCUUUAUGGGGAUGGGAUGGGGGCUUUAAUUUUCCCCCUGAAUUCUUGAUGGUAAACUUAAGUAAAAUGUACUCGUCACAGAGUAGUUUUCAUGGAAUACUUUUUCCUUUGUUUACACACAUUACAUCAUGCCUAUUGUAUCAGGCCUUUAGUGUGAUAACCCCUGCUCAUUGUUAUAAUGCCCUUCAGUAUUACUUGAAGGUAGGAAGAUUGAAAAAAAAGCAUGUUUAUCUUCACUUAUUAAACAACUAUCAAGAAUUCCUUGGAGAUAGGAAAAUAAAUGAGCAGCAAGUUUCUGUCCUUUGUGCAGGAAAUGCAAAGGCUGUUUGUUCUGAAGUGACAUGAAUCAAAGCAGCAUCCAGUUAGUUCUCCCCCUCACCAGCAAAGCAGUUCACUUUACUACAUGUAUAGUGUGAUUAUUAAAAAGAAAUGCAUCAUCACUUGCAGGUUUACAAAUUGUUUGCACUUUUUUUUCUUUCUUCAUAUGUGACCCUCAACUCACCUUUAGUAAUUAAGAUGAAGGCCAAAUGACACUCUAAUGGCAUACUGGGAUAAAGCCCUAACUAUGGCCCAGUGAGUGAGGUUCGAGUAACAGCUUGGGAGCGCACCAUGGAGGGAUGGACAUUACCAUUCCUGGGAAGGUGAUUAGUUCUGUGGACGUCUUUUACAAUGAUCCCUGGUAGAAACCACGACCGUCGCUGUUGGGAGCCAUGGCAAGGUGGGUGGAAGGAUGGAGACAUGGCUGAGCUGCUGCAUAAGCAGAUCAAUGUGCAGCACAUCUCCAUUGCACACCCAUCUCUUGGACUUAACCAUAAGGUCUGCAACAGGGAAGGGAGGAGAAACAGGGUAGGUCAAAAAGAAAAGAAAAAAAAAACAGGAUGAACGUUCAGCAAACACCUCCCCAAAACAUCCUUAAGAAUCCUAUCUGACCAUGGCUAAAUUGCAGGCAUUGGAUUAAGGGAUGACUGGAGUGCUGGUAGACCCACCAAGGGUGCAGGGUAGUGGAAUGACUGGUUGAAUGAAAGAAAGGGGAGAAAGAAAUUAAAAAAAUGAUGAAAGCUUUAUCUAAUUAAAUGAGUUUUUGCCAGUAGUUUGUCACCACUGAGCAGCAACCCUGAUAGGUGUGGACUAGAGUUCUGAGAAGUUUCUGGUCGUGGGCCCCAUCAUUGAGGUCAGCCUUAUUGAUAACUCCGACCAUUUAAGUCAUCCAUGAAUUUUUGGUUGAAUUCCUCACUUGUGGGUCCUCUGGCCGCUAACAAGCUUGGGCUCCUUUAUGGUGUACUACGUAUUUGAAGUCCCUCUCCUUGGUUGAGUCAUGAAAUGAGGAGCAGCCUUAUUUCAUUUUGAUAUUUGUUUUCUGGAAGAUGAGUAAACUGUUUACUGGAAGCAUGCACAUAAGCCCCUCCCUCCAUUUCUGAAUAAAUAUUAAGGGUAUUGCUUACAUCCUAGGUGUGUCCUGACCUGGUCUGUGUUAUGCCAGCUAGGAUGAUAAAACAGCAUCAGGACAAGAAAUUUGCCCUGUCUUAAGUAUCUCGGGUGUCAAAAUUUCUUUCUCAAACUUCGACUUAAACCUUUUUUUUCUGAGGCAUUGCACAGGGCUUUUAUUUACCACCAAAGAUCAUCUGUAGCAAGACUGAUAAUGUAUCAGCUCUGCUUUGUGUUGCUGUCCAUCCAUCAGUUCAUUAAAUUGUCCUAUCUGAAUGUAAACUUUGGUCUCCAUCUUGGUUAUAACAUCCUAGGGCUUCAUUUUAUUCUGUGAACCCUCAAUAAUUAUUUUCUUUAAUAAACCUAGUUUAAAAUGACCUGUAUUAAUGAUGAUUGUACCAUCUCCUUUAAAUAUGUCCUGUGUACGGAAGAGAAUUGAACAUUUCUCCUUAUUUGUCUUUCCUGGCUUUGGGGCUUUUAAUUUCUUUGACCUCCUAGAUCUUUCUCUUAAAAAAAAUAAAUAAAUAAAUAAAUACAACUUCUAGAUAUUUUCAGUCCUCUUUCUAGAUAUUUUCAGUCCUCUUUCACUCCCAUUUCAUUGGCGUCUCACAAAAACUACAACAAACCCUUCACACAAUACAAAAUGCAACAGUGAUACUACUCCUCACCCCACUUACACUACUAUCAAACUUGCAUCUCUACAAAGAUCAAAUCGCCCACAUACACCACUCACAACAGCACCCUCCUUUAUUUCAUCACAAAUAGAGCCGCCAAAUCCCUCCAACCUAUUUAGUUGCAAAUAUGUAAAAAUUUACUUGAAAACAAUAACACCACCUCCUUAUAAACAAAUCCAGAUGUAAUUGGUACUUCCAUCUCUUUCACUCGGACGUUGAUCUAUCUAAAGUUCAGCGGAGUCAGCCAUCCAAACUCAGGCCCUACUAUUAUGUCACAAACUGCAUCAGUACUCCUCCCCAAGCUCAGCACCUCUAGCUAUUAAGUCUGACAUACUACUACUCAGUAUUAAUCAUAGAAGCAUUUGCAGUAAAUUCCAAGAUGCCUGGCAUUUUAUAACCCUGAUAUAGCUGCAGUCACAGAAACCUAGCCAAAAAAAUACCCCUUUCAGGUCAUAGCAUUUUCAGACUUGACAGAACAAAUCGACAAGAUGGUGUAGCAAUUGUAUAUAAAAACACCCUAGAACUUACCAUUUACCCACAUUUAACAAUGUAAAAUACCUUAUAGUACAUUUCAAACAGAAAACAUCCCAGUAUGUGCAGACACGUGUGUAGUUUAAAAUUCUCAAGAAACUUCAUCUCCAGAAUCAAACUCAACAACUGGACUAGCCUAAAAAUCAUGCCAAAAGAUGAUGAUGUAACACAUUUCAGUAAUUCUUUCCUUAACAGCCUCAAUGGCCAUGCACCACUCAAAGCUAAGAGAGUUAGAUCAAACCCUGCAGCUUUAACAAAAGAAACCAGGCAAAUACUACUACAAAGAGACAAUGCAUGGAAAAUUAAUGCUCUUAAUACCAAAACAAUGUAAUGCUCAAAAACAUAAUUUCCAUAUUGUCUCAUCUGACUACAAAAAUUGAUAACAGGACAGAAGCCAAGUUGCUUAGAGUAAUCAUAGAUGACAAACUCAAAACAACCAACAUAUUCUCCAAACUGUCAGAAAUACACACACAAAACUAGGCUCCCUUGUAUAGAACAAAUCAAUAUCUUAGUAUCCACAAGAAAAUCUGCAACAGCAACCUACAAUAUCCUCUGUCUACUGUAUGCAUCACCUGUCUUCACUAAUCUCAGCAAUACCCUAAAGUCCAAACUUAAUGCUUGCUUUAAUAAAAUAUCAAGAUUCGCCACAUAUUCACCUUGUAAAACCCACCACUGCAUAGUCCUAAAGCUUCUAUUUUUUUCCCAUCCAAAUCUAACCUACUGUCAACUCAUUAUUGCCCACAAACUUCGCUGUAAGCCAGAAAGUUAGCCCCAUCUAGAAGGCAUAUUACUACCAUAAAACAGCAACACAACACUAUAGUCCCAUAACAAAUCUCUCUUAGCUGUAAGUAACUCAAAAAAACAGAAACUCAUAUUCUCACUGUCUCAAAACUGUGGAUCUCCAUCCUACUAGAGUUAAAGCAUACAGAAAACAGAUGCUUUAAAAGUCUGCUAAAACAGCAUCUGCAAGAUACUUGGCUCUGUUCUUGCUCUGUGAUCUAAAAGAAAAUACAUGUUACAGUACUUCUAACAAAACAGUAGCUGAUCUGUACUAAAUUCAUAUAUAGUGAUUAUUACACCUCCUAUCUACUACUGUAAACUUUUAAAUUAUCAUAUUACUUAACUAACUUCUAUUUAAUCCUCAUUCUCCCUCAUCGUACCACUAAGUAAUGUAACUAUUACUCAACUACAUACUCCUACUUAAUCCCAGUUCUCCCUCAUUGUACUACCACUUACUAAUUUAACUAGUUACAUCCCUUAACUACCAACUCCUACUUAAUCCUUGUUCUCCCUCAUCAUACCACAACUUACUAAUUUCAACCCAAAUGUCAAGUCUUUGUCUCCCCUUGUUUUUCUUUGUAUUUCUAUCAGCCUGUGCAUUUGUGUAGGAUUGUAGCAAUUUAUUAUUUUCUGUUAUUCCUAUUGUCAAAAAUUGUGUGGUGCAAGGUUGGCAUUAAUCUGUUUCAGAUAUGUAUGCAAAAAUCUGUAGGUAACCAAGAUGAAAAUGUUACAUAUAAUGCAGAAAUUGAAAAUAUAUUGUCUGUAUGUGAAUAUUGGAGCUUUUCUUCCUGGGCCUCCAUUGAGAAAGGGUGUCUAUCCCUGUCAGAAUUUCCUGAUCAACAAAGAAUAUUAAUAUCCUCAAAGCUGUUUCUAGUAGAGGUCGGUGCUUAUGAUCCCGAUGAGCUAAUGGCAACUUUUAAUAAAGUCCUUACGGGUACUGUGAAUCACUUUA